AGAAGUGGUUCCGUGCCCCUAAGAACCAUUAGCCUACUCUCUAUAUCUCUCUCUCCAUCACCACCAGUUGACGCCUGGACUCUUCUUCCCUCGAUUUGAUCGUUCGUCUCUCUCUCUCUCUCUUAUUCUUUGCCAGUAAUGGCAGUGCCUCAGUUGCAGUGCAAGAAAAGAGGGAGAGAGUUUUCAUCGGGAAGGUAAAAUUAGCUUUGCACACACCACUUACUACUACAUUCACACGAGACAGCCCCUCUUCUCUCUCUCUCUCUCUCUCAAUAUAUUCCUUGUAUCUUUCUUUCUUUCUUUCUUUAAGCCCUACUUAUUAUCAUCUAUACUCUACUGAUCUCUGUUUCGACCGAGUUUAAAUAUUCUGCCAUUAGCUUAUCAUUAGAACUAGACAAGCAUUUUCUUUCUUUUGCUUUUUCCGAAGGAAAAAAUGUAUGUGAGAGGGCAGGCUUUUGCCAGACCAGUCGACCCAAGAAAGAAAAUUCUUAAUAAUACUAACCUAAACUGACCACUGUUACUGUUUGGGAUACGUUUAUAUGUUUGUCUAUGCAUAUUUCCUGCGAAAAAGCCUGGAACUUGUGUAGCUUAAAAUCCGGGAGAGCCCUGGAGAUCAUAUUCACUCACCCCUGCAUCUUUAGAGCAAAAAGGACUUGUCUCUUAGUAGUGUGAAAGUGAGUAGUAGUGAAACUUAGGAAAUUUUAAGGAUAAGAGAGAGAGUAGAGAGAGAGAGAGAGAGAGAGAGAGAGAGAGAGAGAGAGAGAGAUAAUGGAAGGUGGUUCUAAUGGCACUUCUUGCAUGAUGGGUUAUGGAGAAAACAGUAAUGGAAUAUGUCCAAUGAUGAUGAUGAUGCCUCUAAUGACUUCCCAUCAUGGUCAUCAAGAUCAUCGUGAUCAUCAUCAUCAUCAUCCUAUCAAUCCUAAUCUUAAUUCAAGCAGUCCAAUAUUUCUUCCUCUACCACCCCCCAACAAUCAAGAUCAUCGAAACCGUAAUAGCACUAGUAGCGGUUCAUCUUCUUUUAUGGUCGACGAUUCACAUCAAAACAACAAUACCAAUACUAAUCCUACAGGUGGGUGUUAUUUCAUGGCCGAGAACAACAACAACAACAACGACUCCAACAAUAUUUCUUCUUUCAAGGCUAAGAUCAUGGCUCAUCCUCACUAUCCCCGUCUCUUGGCUGCUUAUGUCAAUUGUCAGAAGGUUGGAGCACCGCCCGAGGUGGUUGCUAGACUGGAAGAAGCAUGCUCAUCAGCAGCCGCAAUGGGCCACAUGAGCACCGGCUGCAUCGGCGAAGAUCCGGCUUUGGAUCAGUUCAUGGAGGCAUACUGCGAGAUGUUGACCAAGUACGAGCAAGAGCUCUCAAAACCCUUUAAGGAAGCCAUGCUUUUUCUUCAGAGGGUCGAGUGUCAAUUCAAAGCUCUUUCGCUUUCUUCGGAUUCUGGUUGUCGAGAGGGAAAUAUGGAUCAGAAUGGAUCUUCGGAAGAGGAGAUUGAUGUGAACAACAACUUCAUAGAUCCACAAGCAGAAGAUCGAGAACUCAAAGGUCAACUUUUACGCAAGUAUAGUGGAUACUUAGGCAGUCUCAAACAAGAGUUCAUGAAGAAAAGGAAGAAAGGGAAGCUGCCUAAAGAAGCCAGGCAACAGCUGCUUGACUGGUGGAGCAGGCAUUACAAAUGGCCUUAUCCAUCGGAGUCCCAGAAGCUGGCCCUGGCAGAGUCCACUGGUCUAGAUCAGAAACAAAUAAACAAUUGGUUCAUAAACCAAAGGAAGAGGCACUGGAAACCUUCGGAAGAUAUGCAGUUUGUGGUAAUGGAUGCAGCUCAUCCUCAUCACUUUUACAUGGACAAUGUUUUGGGGAACCCUUUUCCUAUGGACAUUGCUCCCUCUCUGCUCUGAAGAAGUAGUAGUUUUUAUAUGCCUAAACUACUCUUGUUCUAUCCGCAAUUAAUCCCAUAUGCAUUUGUGAAGCUUACUUGCUUAUAUAAAACUCACCUUUUGGUUAAUUACUGAAUUAUUAUUAUUAUCAUUAUUAUUAUUAUUGUUGUGUCUUUUGUAAUGAAGUUAUCAAUAGUACGUACCUCGCAUAUAUAUUACAAAUGAAUGAUUAUUAAAUAUAGGCUUUGUAAGCCUGCAUGUGUCGUUUACGUUGAGGAAGUUGAAAGCUAAUUUUUAUUGGCAUUAUAUCUUAGUCUGCUGACAGUUCUAUGUGA